CACCAUAGCAUCUUCCUCUCUCUCUCUCUCUCUCUCAUCUACGGACUCCAGUGAUCAAUGGGACGUCUCUUUCUCUGCAUUUGAUCUUUAUUUGACUUUUCUCCUUGUCCUUGUUCAUCUUUCAAAACCGGGGCUUGACAAAAACAAUCAUCACUUCCUUAUCUUCUUUCUUUGAAACCCUCUGGAAACAAAAGCUAUAGAGAGAGAGAGAGAGAGAGAUCACUUUUGGUGUUCUUUAUUAGCAACUCUUUCAGGUAACAGAAUCGGAUUGGAUCUGGGCAUGAUGAUGUUUAACGAGAUGGGCAUGUACGGAAGCAUGGAUUUCUUGUCUUCAACAUCUCAUGCAGAAACCGAGGUGUGUCCAUUUCCACAAGACCAUCCACUGGUUGAAGAUGAUUACACAGAUGAUGAGGUGGAUGUUGAUGAGCUUGAGAGAAGGGUGUGGAGAGACAAGAUGCGUCUAAAACGCCUCAAGGAGCAGCAGCAGAGCAGGUGCAAAGAAGGAGCCGACGCAUCGAAACAGAGACAGUCGCAGGAGCAAGCCAGGAGGAAGAAAAUGUCGAGAGCACAAGAUGGGAUCUUGAAAUACAUGUUGAAGAUGAUGGAAGUUUGUAAAGCUCAGGGCUUUGUCUACGGUAUCAUCCCUGAGAAAGGAAAGCCAGUGACGGGUGCUUCCGACAAUCUUAGGGAGUGGUGGAAAGAUAAAGUCAGGUUUGACCGUAACGGUCCAGCCGCCAUUGCCAAGUACGGAGCAGAGAACAAUAAUAUAGCUGGUGGAGGGAGUAAUGAUUGUAAUAGUUUGGUUGGACCAACACCACACACUCUUCAGGAGCUUCAAGACACAACUCUCGGAUCGCUUUUGUCGGCGUUGAUGCAACACUGUGAUCCUCCGCAGAGACGGUUUCCUUUGGAGAAAGGUGUUCCGCCGCCGUGGUGGCCUAAUGGGAGAGAAGACUGGUGGCCUCAGCUCGGUUUGCCUAAUGACCAAGCUCCUCCUCCUCCUUAUAAGAAGCCUCAUGAUUUGAAGAAAGCUUGGAAAGUCGGUGUUUUGACCGCCGUUAUCAAGCAUAUGUCGCCUGAUAUUGCGAAAAUCCGUAAGCUUGUGAGGCAAUCGAAAUGCUUGCAGGAUAAGAUGACGGCGAAAGAGAGUGCCACUUGGCUUGCCAUUAUCAACCAAGAAGAGGUUGUGGCCCAGGAGCUUUAUCCCGGGUCAUGUCCUCCUCUUUCUUCUUCAUCUUUGGGAAGUGGAUCUCUUCUCAUCGAUGAUUGUAGUGAGUAUGAUGUUGAAUGUUUUGAGAAGGAACAUCAACAGGGUUUUGAUGUGGAAGAGCUAAAACCUGAGAUAGUAGUGAGUAUGAAUCAUCCAACAAGCUUUGGGAUUUGUAGAAUGCAGCAGUUUCCUGUAAAGGAAGAAGUCGUGGCCACCGUGGGAAACUUGGAUUUUGCCAGGAAGAGGAAGCAGAACAAUGAUCUGAAUGUGUUGAUGAUGGAGAGACCAGGUUUCACUUGUGAGAAUGGUCAGUGUCCUCACAGCAAAAUCAAUCUUGGAUUCCAGGACAGGAGCUCAAGGGACAAUCACCAAAUGGUUUGUCCUUAUAGAGAUAAUCGUUUAGCAUAUGGAGCAGCACCGAAGUUUCAUACGAGUGAAGUGAAAGCUGUAGUUGUAUCACAACAGUCACAACCCUAUCCUCAGCCAGUCCAACCGACCGACCUAUCAGGCUAUGGAGUUCCCAAAAAUGGGCAAAAGAUGAUCACUGAGCUAAUGGCUAUGUACGACAGAAAUGUCCAGAGCAGCCAAGCUUCAAAUCAAAGCAUGAUCGUUGAUUCAACAGCAGCUCAGAAUUACCAAGAACAGCAGCUUAGUUUCAACCGCAAUCAGAUGUUUAUGCAACAAGGGAACAGUGAGAUUAACAAUCAGUCUCAGAUUGUGUUUGAUUCGACCUCGUUUGAUGUUGCAUCAUUCGAUUACAAAAAUGACUGGCAAGCUGGAGUUAUGGAAGGAAUGGGGAAGCAGCAGCAAGAUGUAUCAAUAUGGUUCUGAGUGUAAUCUCUUCUCUGCAACAUUCUUUCUUAUUAACUGUGUAAUUAAAUUCCAUGUUACUUAACUUCUUGGAGUUUAUAUUCUAUUGGCACCAACACUCAUCUAUAUUGUUGAUGAUGAUGAAGCCAUCUCUUUUGUGUGUGUGUGUGUGUGUGAAGUCAUUGAGUCAGCUUAUGUUUAAUAAACUCAUUAUCAUUUGGUCAUC